UCUUCUGAUGACGGAGGAGGCUGGAAUGGCGGAGACGGCUGAUAGGACAUCAGAACCAGUACAGGCGUUUCAAUGUGGUAGAACCAGUUUGUGAGAGGUGUGUGUAACCUGAAUAAUGAGAAUCAGAAUCCUGUACUGCUGAGGAUCCUCCCGUACACCUCGAAUGUCAGCGAUGGAGGAGGCCGGUCUGGAUGGGGGAGAAGGAAGGUCACCGCAUCAAAGCUCUAAGGACUUGGGGGGUCAGAACACAGCGCCCUCCCGUGGUGGCCGGCAGAGUAUCGAUGACAUGGAGCUGAAAGAGGAGUGGCAGGACGAGGAGUUUCCCAGACCCCUUCCCGAGGAGACAACCCCAGAGGAAGACUUGGAUGCAAAUGAAGAGGACCUGUCAGCCGCACCCCCCAGCACCCUGGACCUGUGCGGGAACCGUCAUGUUAAGAGGCGCUUGUCGGCCCCGGAUAUCAGUUUCAACCUGGAGAACAGUCAGGACUCGGCCACCUCAAGCGACAUACGCGACCAGACCACCGACGAGGAUCUCGACUUUGACGUUGACGAUCUGGAGACGCCAAACAGCAGCGAGAUGCUGGAAUUUCCCUCUAUGAGCCAUGAGUUUGAGUGGGACGACGACCUGCCGAAGGUGAACGGAACCCCGGAGGCGUCCUUUGUGGAGACCCUGGUGAGCGACAUGGAGGACCAGAGCGGGCGGAGGUGGAGGAUCUUCCUGAUGGGGGAGCAUAAGGUGGACAUGACAGCCAUAGAGCCGUACAGGAAGGUCGUCUCCCAUGGAGGCUAUUACGGUAACAGUUUAAACGCAAUCGUGGUUUUUGCCACAUGUUACUUACCAGAAAGCAGUAUUCCAAAUUACCAAUACAUCAUGGAUAAUCUGUUCAGGUAUAUCAUCGGGACGCUGGAUUUGUUGGUCGCUGAUGAUUACAUGCUCAUCUACCUGAGCGGGUGUACCUCGCGAAGCAAAAUCCCACCGAUUGGUUGGCUCAAACGUUGCUAUCGGGCCACCGGGAGGCGGUUAAAGAAAAAUCUGAAGUCGGUGUUGAUCGUUCACCCCACGUGGUACGUGAGAGCCCUGCUGGCCAUCAUACGGCCCUUUAUCAGUGCCAAGUUUAUUAGGAAGGUGGCUUUUGUUAAAAAUUUGACAGAACUUUCACAACUGGUGUCACUGGAUCCCCUCCAUAUACCGGACUGUAUAGAACAGUUGGACCUUGAACUGAAGCGGUAAGACUGAGGACCUCGGAGGAUUGGAAAUGCUGCCUGGGGGGCUACAAUGAUGGAAGACAACCUUUUUUUGGGAAUUGCUGUCGGAUUUUACAGAGACAAAUGGGCAAUGGACUGACCCCAGGAGGCCUGGGCCUGUGGCUGUUUGGUGUGACCCCUGUUGGUGGUAUUUUGUACACAUUUUUUUUUCCAUUUUUAUGGUGAAGAGGCUCACAUAUGGUGCUGGACUAAGCAGUGCCGGGACAAGGUCAUCCAGCUCCCAGUGAAAAGAUGCCAAACUGCCCCCCUCCUUUCCCUUAGAUGCCAAACUGCCCCCAUCCUGCCCACCCCUUGUCCUGGCCCUGCUGACAAGGACUAUGCUACACCUCCGGGGACAACCAACGUCUAUGGUUGUACGGUGGCCAAAUAUCUUACAAAAUUGAAAAAAUUGUUUUUGUGAUGGGGGGGGAUACCGGUAGUGCUGCUUUGAUCAUCCAAGAUGGUGCCAUUGCUAAAGAGACGC